AACUCAUUCCCGGUUAACCAGGCCCCACUUCUCCACGUAAAACAAGAAAUAAUAUUAAUUAAUUUUGCGAAAAAAACCCUUCAAAAGAAAAAUUAAAAAGAACCCUGAAAUUUUUUGUUUCAGAGCGAAAUAUUGUUGGAAAUGAGAAAGGAAAUGUGAAAUAUAAGAGCGAAGAAAGAAAUUAGAGAAGAAAAUCAAAACGAGGGUUUACUCAUUGUUGAUCUGAUUGGUUGCGGAGAAAAUGAGUGCAGGAGGAGGAUGGGAGAAGGUAAAAUCAUCAUCAAGAUCAUUUGAUUUAGGAGGAGGAAAUGGUGGUGGUGGUAUUGUUAUUGGAAGAGAAAGAUUAAGAAGUAUAGAUUUAAGUGAUCAUUCUUCAUCUCCAUCUCCUAAUUCUGCUGGUUCUUCUGCUCCUGUUAUUCCUCCUACAAGAACCGUUACUCUUGGUCGGGUUCAACCUCAACAUCCUGCUCACCGUUCCAUUGUUUGUAAUGAUCGUGAAGCUAAUUUCCCUGUUCGUUUUAAGAUGAAGAAAGGAAAGGAGGAGAAAUUUUUUUUUUGUAUGAAACCAAUUUAUCUCGAUUUGGUUAUGAUAAAGAUUCUAUUACGGCACUCAUACAUUGGAUAUGGGCAGCCAAGAAAAGAAAAUGUAUUUCUGAGUUAG